CAUGCGCUGGGGCGAGCCAGCCAGCGACCGGGGCCAAAAUCAUUUGUCCGCGUCGCAGUCCACCCCGCCGCCCAACAGCAGCAGCACCACCACCACCGGCACAGCUCCAUCCCCCCUCUCUGCUUUUCGCUCCUCGGAUCGGGAGGCGAGAGGAACCGGCGGCAGCGGCAGCGGCGGCGGCAUGAGUCUCUUCGGGCUCGGGCGGAACCAGAAGACGUUCCGUCCUAAGAAGAGUGCUCCAUCAGGCAGCAAGGGGGCACAGCUCCGAAAGCACAUAGAUGCAACCCUUGGCAGUGGAAACCUUAGGGAGGCUGUGAGGCUGCCUCCUGGAGAGGAUAUCAAUGAAUGGCUUGCCGUGAACACUGUGGAUUUCUUUAACCAAGUUAACCUGCUGUAUGGCACACUCACAGAAUUCUGCACAUCUGAGAGCUGCCCGACAAUGACUGCUGGCCCAAAGUAUGAGUACAGAUGGGCUGAUGGUGUACAGAUAAAAAAGCCCAUAGAAGUGUCAGCACCAAAAUAUGUGGAGUAUCUAAUGGACUGGAUUGAAGGCCAGCUUGACAAUGAAACCUUAUUUCCUCAGAAGCUUGGCACACCAUUUCCACCCAACUUCAAGGAUGUCGUAAACACAAUUUUCAAGCGCUUGUUUCGUGUUUAUGCCCACAUAUAUCAUUCCCAUUUUCAGAAGAUUGUCAGCCUCAAGGAGGAGGCUCAUCUUAACACCUGCUUCAAGCACUUCAUUCUGUUUACCAACGAAUUUGGGCUGAUUGACAAGAAGGAGCUGGCUCCACUCCAGGAGCUCAUUGAAUCCAUCAUUGUUCCUUACUGAGAAAGAAAUACCAAGGCGGAACUGAGCAUGGCUACGGAGUCCUCUACAUGAACACAUCGCUAUCUGGGACAAUCACUUUCUGGCAUGAGAGCUUAAUGUUCCAUUUAUUAAACAUAAAAAAGGGAAGACUUGUAAAUUACUAAUGCUCUAUCUCUGUGUAACCUUGUUCUCCCUUGUUCAACUAUAUUAGCCGUGUAAGCGUGCUUGUACUGUUAUCACCUGCUAGAUGAGGUUGUGAUAUAAUACUGAAAUAAACAAUUUUAAGAUGAAGUCAGACAAUAGGUGAUGGAUGUAAAAAAACGUUUUUCCCUCCUAAUGAAAUGCCAUGUGGAAUUGGGGUCUA